AGGAGAAGAAUUGAAAAAAUAACAAAAUACAAAAGUCGAAACGCUCGUUAGUUGGCCGCUUGGUUGGUUGAUUGUUCAGGUUUUCGUACACACAGUGGAAACCACAAAUCACCAGUUGCUGUCUUGCCAUCUAACGGAGAGCGCGACUAAACGGAUAACCUCGGACUAAAGCGACGGCGCAAAAUAUUGAAAACUUUACCCAAACAUUAGUUGCGGAUUUUUUAAACAAACAUUUUUAAGGAAUAUCUUUUGAUUUUUGCAAUAAUAAAAAAUUAAAAUCCUAGAAAAAACCUCAAAACAAAUCAGUGAUACUAGUUUUCUUCCAUGACAUCUUAAAACAAAUUAAGAUAAAAAAGUGCAAUAAACAAAUAAGGCCUGAAAGAAAAACAAAUAUUUUUUCGACGGACAGAUAUCAACAACUUGUGAAUUGUGCUCAACAAAAAAUUAAGAAAAAAAAGAUAACACUUGCAUCAAUAUUGAAAGUUUCCAUUAGCUCAAAAACGAAAAAAAACAGAUUGGGAAAAUCCAAGCUAGCUAGCCAAACAUCCAGUUACUUGAACAUUUCUGCCUGGCAUCCACUCAGCCAGCCAUUGGUAAUUAUCUACAACCUGUUGGAGAAACGGAAAUCUUGAAACUUGUACGUUUUUUUUUUGAUUUUCCAAGUUGUGGAAAAGCUGGAGGAAAAUUGUGGAUACAACGAACAAAAAUAGAAAAAAAAAACUUGUCAGUAAAACUAAAAACCUGCUUAGAAAUAUAACACAAGACUAAAAAUAGAAAUUGGACAAACAUUGUUUCCCCCCCAGGUUCCAUCUGGCAAAUAAUCAGAGUCGAACCAUUGGGAACCGUAAAUUAAAACAUUUCUUCCCUUUAUCAGCAAAAAUAGUGACAUUCAGUGUUUUUAUUUACGAUUUUACAACAGCAACCACCACCACAACCACCUGUAACUUAUCAAAAGUUAUUUUUCUAUAACAACAAAAACAACAACUGAAUCCAACAACACGCAAAACGCUUUCAUGCGUGCAACAAGUGCAGUGCUAAAAUAAUGACAUAAUGUACCAAAACCAUAAUUGGUACUUUUAGUACAAAAUUAACACUUAAAACAAUCACAACAACUACAAAAACAAAUUUAGUCCAAAUGAUUUGUAAUCAUUAUCGGAAAACACAAGAAAAACAUCAUCAGAACAAGAAUAAUAGCAGCUGCAGCCGCAACGUUAAGGUCCUCUACAACUGCAACGUUUUGGCAUCCUAAAGAAGCACACGCACACACGUACACACAACACCAACAAAAUUUACUUAAAUUUUAGUUAGUAAAUUUUUAUUAAAAAUAAACAACAACAAAAAUCAAAUUUUCUACCCCCUCAAUCGAAACGGUUUGAAAGCAGAAAAAAUGCAGGUUCCCGACCACGUUGUGUCAUUCUAUGUGGCAACCUGUGGACAAAAUGGACCCGGUUUGGGCUCGGAUGAAAAAGAAAUCAUAUUGCUGGUCUAUGUGAUUUUGGAAGCGGCAACGGGACAGAUAAUCGGCACAAAACAGAUAUUAGUACGUCCCGAUGGUACAUUUGUCAAGGAUCGUACAACCUCAACAUCAUCGGAUACAUCACAUACGGCGGCCUCGUCGCCGCCAUUGGCGAAUACCUCGUUUCAGGAUUCGGGCAAUAAUAGCACCUGCAGCGGCAGCAGUAAUCACUUAAACUCAACUAGCAACAGUAUCAACAGCAGCUCACUAAACAUCACAAAUAAUAGUUCGACGCCAACAUCGCCAAAUACUUCACUAAGCAAUUGUACAACAACAUCAACACCAUCUAUUAAUAAUAACAAUAACAACAACAGUGCGACAGCCACUAUCAAUAAUAAUAAUACAAUUAUCAACAACAACAUCACAAAUGGGCCAACAGCAACGCUGACAAACGAUAUCAUCGAACAGUUGCCAAUUGCCAUGGCUCAGGCUGCUGGAAAGCCUCUACAGGAAGCCAUCGAAGAGUUCGAUGAAUAUCUACGUUCGCUAUCCUUGUUCGAUACGGAUUUUAAAAUCAUUACCGACGGACAAUUGCCCCUGCGUCAGUGUUUGCAUCGUGAGGCCUGUGUCAAGGAUAUUGAAUUGCCUUCGUACUACAACAAAUUCAGUGAUUUGCGCAAGGAAUACAACAACUACAAGUCGGGUGAUUUAUCGCGGGCCCUGGUGCCGGUGAAGGAUGUAAAGAAAAUGCUGCAAAUGCCGGUGGUGCCAAUGGUGCAAAGCAUUGGUGAAAUAAUGAGCGACCUAAGCCUGACAUCGGUCGAAGAAACGGAUUUUUAUAUUCGUGAAUCUCGUGAUAUGGUCACAGUUAUUCAACAUCUACUCAGAUCAGGUCAUAAAUUUACAGCCAGCGAAACUGUUAGUUUAAUUUUAGAACCUGGAAUUUGCUCAAUUGACGAUGAAAUCGAUGGCAAUUGUAUUGUAAGAGCUCGUGGCUUACCCUGGCAGAGCAGUGAUCAGGAUAUAGCAAAAUUCUUUCGUGGUCUCAACGUUGCCAAAGGCGGCGUCGCUUUAUGCCUAUCGCCGUUGGGUCGACGUAACGGUGAAGCUUUAAUACGUUUCAUAUCCCAGGAACAUCGCGACAUGGCUUUGAAACGUCACAAACAUCAUAUAGGCAAUCGGUACAUCGAAGUCUAUCGGGCAACUGGAGAAGAUUUUCUCUCGGUGGCUGGCGGGGCUUCAAAUGAGGCGCAGGCCUUCCUCUCAAAAGGUGCCCAGGUUAUAAUACGCAUGCGUGGCUUGCCCUAUGAUUGUACAGCCAAACAAGUGUUGGAUUUCUUUACAACCGGUGAUCAGCCCUGCAAUGUCUUGGACAGCAGUGAAGGUGUCCUCUUCGUUAAGAAACCCGAUGGCCGUGCCACAGGUGAUGCUUUUGUUCUGUUUGCCAAUGAAAGUGAUGCCCCCAAGGCAUUGUCACGUCACCGUGAAUCGAUUGGUCAACGCUACAUCGAAUUGUUUAGAUCAACAACAGCCGAAGUGCAACAGGUUCUUAAUCGUUCAUUGGAUCCGAAGACAUAUGAACCAAAUCAUCAGCCGCCUUUGAUUGCUCAAUUGCCACCAAUGCAGUUGUCAUUGUUGCCACAGCAUUUGAUUACAUCUGGCACCACCAAGAAUUGCAUACGCCUGCGUGGUUUACCCUAUGAGGCCCUGGUGGAACAUAUUCUACAUUUCCUGGAUGAUUUUGCCAAGCAUAUUAUCUUCCAAGGUGUUCACAUGGUGAUAAAUGCCCAGGGCCAGCCCAGUGGUGAAGCAUUUAUACAAAUGGACUCCGAGGAAUCGGCUCGUUUGUGUGCCCAACGUAAACACCAUCAAUUUAUGGUGUUUGGCAAGAAAUACCGUUACAUUGAGGUCUUCCAGUGUUCGGGUGAUGACAUGAACAUGGUCCUUAACGGGGGACUACAAUCGCCAGUUCCUGCCGCCCAUCCACAUCCCCAUUUGGCGGGUGGCAAGCAGCCAUCAUUAUUAUCACCGGGUGCCUCUGUUCUGGGACCUCCAUUUGGUCACUUUGGUCCAUUUCCACCACCACCGGGUCCAAUCUUAGCUGCGCCCCAUCGUGCUCAUCAUCCACAUGGACCUGCCCAUCCAGCCGCAGCUCCUCCCCCACCACCACCACAUGCAGCCGCAUUUUAUCCCCAUCCAGUUGUCUAUUGGCCAUAUCCAAGUCCUCCAGUGUCACCAACAACUUACUUCAAUCAACCGACCCAUUCGCCCACUCAUGUUCCUGGUAAUCAUGGGCCACCUAUGUAUUCUCUCGAUUAUAUAACCACUGUGCCACCAACAAAUUACGCUAAUCCACAACCAUCGCCACUCAGUCCACCAAAUGUUGCAAUUCCAGCCAAUGCCACCAACGGCCUUAUACUGUCACCCAGUAAAGGUGGUGGUGGUCCAAUGACUUUGGUGCCACCAAAACAAUAUCCAGCGGCAGUGGUGCAGGGACCAGCAACAGCUGUGGCCGCUGGUGCAAUCAGUCCCAAUAACUAUCACAAUCAUCAUCAGCAUCAUCAUAAUCCUCCACAUGUACACAGCAAUAACAACAAAAAUAAGCCAACGGGAUUAAAAAUUACGGCUGCAGCAACACCUGUACAUUCAAGCCACAACAACAAUACGUAUCAUCAUCAACAUUAUGGAUCACCGCCGCCACCACUACCACCAGCAACAGCAGUGGUACCACAAACAACGUUGUCACAACAGUCACCAACAGCCGUUGUUGCUCCCGUUGUUACUGCAUUGGCCAAUGCUCCUGUCAUUGUGAAUGGCCCAACCACACCAUUGCCCAGCCACAAUGCAGUAACGCCAGUUGUCCAAAAUCAGCCAUUACUUGCCAUCGAUACAAACACACCGGCAGCCGGAGAACGCAACAGCAGCCUUAAAGCCAGUGUAAAAAUAACCAAAAUUACAACCAAAAAUUCAAAAACAGCUAGCACCAGUAAUGGUGUGGGGCCACCACCACCUGCUGCCCCACCAUCCCUGGUCACCACCAAUCGUUGUGUGGAAUUGUACACAGCCUAGAAGGCCUGAGGCCAAUGGAAUAUUCUAAAGAAUUUUCCGAAAAAAUUAAACAAAACAAACAAACGAACAAACUAAAGCAAUCACCAAGUGGACAUUUUUUAUAAAAAAAAAAAAAAAUAAAAUUAAAAAACAUUAAAAUUAUUUAUUUUAUAUUCGUCUAGCUAUAAUCAAUUCCUGAUCUUGCCAGAAGAAGGGAUUCACUAAAAAAGAAAAUUACUCCUCUCCAAAGUGGUUUUUAAAAAUUUGAACCAUAAACCAUUUUUGACAUUCAACGAAUCUCGAAUGUAGGCUACACAACAUUAGACACUUUUUCAUAUUUCGAGGGCAAACUUUGAGGCUGCUGAAAGAAACCAGGUUCAUGGGUCCUAUUACACCCCUUACCUGCACGUAUUUCCUUGGGACCUAACCUCAAAAUCAAGUUUGCCACAGACAAAGUGUAUUUAAGAUUUUAAGAAUAAACCAAUAAUAAAUAAAUGUUGAUAUUAUUUUAAUAAUAGAGAGAAACAAUAACAA